AUGCCUCUUUUCAGGCUGAAGACGCUUUUUCCCCUCGUCGCCAUCCUCUCUAUCGGCUUUUUCUUCUGGUGCGUCGACAGAUACGACCGCGCCGCCUUGUCGGGUCUCAAACGCCCCAUUGAACAUCUGCAGAACACUGCCAACUCGAUUACAAACAAAGUCCCCCAGGCUUCAGUUCCACAGCCUCCAAGCCAUGGCACCUUCGGCAACUGCGAGUUCAAUACCGCCUCCGCGCCACCCCUGCCGUUCAGCGAAUGGCUCACCCGCAAGAACUUCACCCGCGCCUUCAUCCGCCCGACUCGUGUUGGCGCUCAAACCCAAUUCCGCUCCCUAGAGGACAUCGACACCCCCGUCCUACCUCCUUUCCGCGCGCUGGAGCGCGGCCUGGUCCUCUCGCCAGAGAACGAAGACCAAACUAUCCCCUGCCCAACCGUUGCCAAUGUCAAAGUCGCCGCCGAUCAUGAUGUCGAGGAAACUUCGAAGCUGCUGUUUGGCCUUGCCACUACUGUCGACCGCCUGGAUCGUCUGCUGCCGUCUUUGCUGUACUCCUUCGCUGGCUCCAAGGCCAGUCUUCUCGUCCUGGUGCCGGAAUCGGACGACGACCUCUCAUCCCAAGAAGCAUAUUUCCGCUCCCGCGGACUGGACAUCACCCUCGAGUCUUCCCCACUGGAAUUCACCGCUCGUUAUUUCGGACUGGUCGAAGCAUUUUCCUAUCAUAUCAAAACGAAGCGACCUCACACCGAAUGGGUAGCCUUCAUUGACGAUGACACCUUCUUCCCCUCGCUCCCCACAGUUGCAGUUCAGCUGAAGCAAGCCGAUCCGUCGAAGAAACACUAUAUUGGCUCUCUGUCUGAAGCUAGCUGGCAGGUAGAUACUUGGGGCCAUAUGGCCUUUGGUGGCGCCGGUGUAUUCAUUUCGAAGCCGCUGUUGGACAUACUCAUGGAGAAUUACGACGAAUGUCAGUCUUGGGGCGAACAACCAGGUGACCAAAAGCUAGGUCAGUGUGUCGAACGCUUCAGCAAUACUCCUCUCACGCUUUGGCCCUCGCUACAUCAAAUGGACUUGACUGGAGCACCUGAUGGUAUUUUCGAGUCCGGUCUACCCAUCGACUCCCUUCACCAUUGGAGCAGCUGGUAUACAAAGGAUGUCGUCAAGAUGGCCGCCGUGUCUGCUGCUGCCGGGAAAAGGUCGCUUCUACGCCGCUGGGUUUUCGACCAACAGGAGUUUAUCGAUGAGGUUACUGGUGAAUCCUACCGGACCUUUUGGGUGCUUACGAACGGCUACUCGAUUGUCAGGUACACGCUCCUGCCGGGCACCAACAAUGAUGCUAUCAACUUUGAUCAUACCGAGAAGACUUGGGAAGAAGAUAUGAAUGGGUUCACACAGCGCUUUGGUCCCAUGCGGUCAAGGGACCAGGAAGGUGUGGUCAAGGAACGUUAUUUGUUGAAAGAUGCUACCAUCAUUGGAAAUAAUGUUCACCAGAUUUAUACGAGAGAAGAGGAGACGAGUCACAGCAUGAUUGAAGUGGUCUGGCUCGGUUCUGAGAUCAACGGCGGCGCUGGUACUGGGGACUCACGAAACAAUCACUAA